UCCAAAUGUUUCUUUCCACUCUGCUACAGUAUUCAUAACACAUCCAAUCUAGUCUACGUCUUAUCAAUAUCUAUAUACACAAUUUCACUCUAUUCACAAUGGAUCGCAAAUCAGAAACCGCAACCUACAGCCACGGGCACCAUGCCUCAGUUCUCCGCUCCCACACCUGGCGCACAGCUCUCAAUUCUGCCGCCUACCUGCUCCCCCACCUAACACCCAACAUGACCAUUCUGGAUAUAGGCUGCGGCCCCGGGACCAUCACCGUCGACCUCGCCAGCUACGUCCCCCACGGCCAUAUCACCGGUCUCGAGCGAGUCGGGGACGUUCUAACUCAAGCACGGGCACUAACGAAGGACAAGAAAGUGACGAACAUCGAUUUCGUCGAGGGCGAUGCUAAUGCUCUUGAUUAUGCGGAUGGUACAUUUGAUAUAGUGGUGUGCCAUCAAGUCUUGCAACAUGUUCAGGAUCCAGUCGGCGUUCUGAAGGAGAUGAGGCGAGUGGCAAGGGUCGGGGGAAUCGUAGCUGCGAGAGAGUCGGAUUAUGAGUCUUUCGUCUGGUAUCCGGAUGUGGAAGGGAUGAAAGAAUGGCGGUCUCUAUAUUUGAAGCUCGCGAAGUGGAAUGGAGGUGAGCCGAAUGCUGGGCGCAUGGUUCACGCUUGGGCGAGGAAGGCCGGGUUUGAGGUGGGUGGCAUCAAAAGCAGUUCUAGCACUUGGUGCUAUAGCACCAGGGAGGAGAUUGCGUGGUGGAGUGGAUUAUGGGCUGAGAGAAUAGAGGCUUCCUCAUUUGCAAAGACUGCUGUCGAUGGCAAACUUGCGACUAGUGCUGACCUUGAGAGGAUUGCAGAGGCCUGGCAAAAGUGGGGAGAGCAAGAAGAUGCAUGGUUCUCUGUAUUGCAUGGGGAGGUCAUAUGUCGUAAAGAAAAUUGAAAUGUCUGAUCUAGUCUAAGCUUCAAAUCAAGCACAACUGGCAAAAAAGCAAGUUGCGAA